CCGAGUUUCACAAGUCCCGCCGCGGCUGCCCGCAGCCCGCGCCCCCCGUGCGCCCACCCCGCGCCGCGCAUCGCCGGCACUGCCCCCCGCCCUGCCCGCGCUCAUGCCAUGUCACCGCCGGGCAGCGGGACCCCGCGGCGAGCGGUAACCCCUGUCGCCGGGGGGGCACCGCGCCGGGGCUGGGCAUGGCACUGAGAGCGACUCCGGGACGCGCAUCUUCCUAGACGGAUUAAUUUUUCUCCGUCUCUAUUUACAUGGUGAUAAGAAGUGCUAAUCCCACUCUGUCAGUCUGGACUGAUGAAUCUGAGGAAUAGAACAGAGCCCUGUGUUGUGUAAACGAACUGAUGGAUGAAGAUGAGAAGGACAGGGCAAAGAGGGCAUCACGCAACAAAUCUGAGAAGAAGAGGAGAGACCAGUUCAAUGUCCUCAUCAAAGAGCUUUGCACGAUGCUGCAGGGCCAUGGCCACCCUCUCAAGAUGGACAAGUCCACAAUACUGCAGAGGACCAUCGACUUCCUACAGAAACAGAAAGAAAUCACAGCACAGACAGAAGCGUGUCAGAUUAGACAAGACUGGAAGCCUUCAUUUCUUAGCAACGAGGAGUUCACCCAGUUGAUGUUAGAGGCACUAGAUGGCUUUCUCAUUGCUCUUACCACUGAUGGGAUUAUUAUUUAUGUAUCUGAUAGUGUUUCAUCUCUGCUAGGACACUUACCGUCAGAUUUGGUGGACCAAAAUAUAUUAAACUUUCUGCCUGAGGGGGAGCAGAGCGAGGUGUACAAGCUACUUUCUCCACAUGUGCUCAUGACAGAUCCUGUUGCAGCUGAUUUUCUAAAUGCAGAAAAACAAAUAGAGUUUUGUUGCCAUUUAGCAAGAGGCAGCUUAGAUCCAAAUGAACCCCUGAUGUAUGAAUACGUGAAAUUUGUAGUGGAUUUUAAAUAUUUUACUCAUGUGCCUACACCCUCCUGUAAUGGCUUUGAGUCAGCUAUUGCACGGGCUUUCAGGUCAGCCACGGAGGAGCAGAUCUGCCUGGUAGCCACCGUUCGCCUGGUCACGCCGCAGUUCCUGAAGGAGCUCUGCAAUGUUGAAGAGCCAUGUGAAGAAUUUACAUCGAGGCAUAGUUUAGAAUGGAAGUUUUUAUUCUUGGACCACAGGGCUCCACCUAUUAUAGGAUAUUUACCCUUUGAGGUUCUGGGAACGUCAGGGUAUGAUUACUACCACGCAGAUGACCUGGAGCUUCUUGCUAGGUGCCAUGAACACUUGAUGCAGUUUGGAAAAGGAAAAUCCUGUUACUAUCGGUUCCUGACCAAAGGGCAGCAGUGGAUAUGGCUGCAGACACACUACUACAUCACCUACCACCAGUGGAACUCCAAGCCUGAGUUCAUUGUUUGCACUCACCUGGUAGUUAGUUAUGCAGAAGUUCGGGCUGAGAGAAGACGAGAUCUUGGCCUCGAAGAGUCAUCAAUUGAACUGGCAUCCUCUUCUCUAAAGAGCCACAGCAGCUACCUGGACGUGGGGCAGUGCGGCAGCAGCCAGGACGCCAGCCGGGAGGGAGUGUCGCUGUCCUCGCACAGCUCCCGGCGCUCCUCGCACACCACCCUGUCCGACUCCACCUCCACGUCGUCCAUGCGGCGCACGGACAGCAGCACGCCCAGCCGGCCGGCGGUGCCGGGGGACAAGGCGGCGCUGCGGCUGGCAGCGCCCGGGAGCGCGCAGGCCAUAGCCACUCCUCAAGCCCAUGGUGAGCCUGUCUCCCAGCACCCCGUGGCUCAGCUGGCAGUGCCCUCCCAGCACCCUGUCAUGCCAGUGUACCAUUUCCCCACCCAGCUGGGGAUGAUGCACCAGCUGAAGGAGCAGCUGGAGGAGAGGACUCGCAUCCUGCAAGCUGACAUCAAAACACAGCAAGAGGAGCUCCAUGUCAUCAAGGAGCAGCUCCAGCUCGUGCAGGACUCCAACCUGCAGAGAUACUGCUGCAGUGUUAUUUCUGCCAGGCAGUCCAACCAACAGCUCCUGUGCCUCUUUCACUCAAAGAUGCUGAUGCAGCAGCCGAUCCCGGUCAUCGUGAACAGCGUGCAGCAGCCCAGCCCCCGGCGGCCGCCGGGCGCGCCCAGGCACUCCGCAGCCAAGAAGUCACCGCAGCCAGCCCUGGCGGGGACAAAGCACUACUGCAGCACCCACCUGCUGUCACCGCACCCAUUCCUCAGGGACCCCUGUGGCGCAGCCCCCCAGGUACAGCAGCAGAAGCAGCAGCACCCAAUGAGAGGAAGCCAAGGGCAGCAAACCUGUGUGCCAGGGCAGGCGAGCAUCCCAGUGCCCUUCUACAACAGCCCCAUGGUGCUCUCCCAGGCACAGCCCAUCGCCGUGGCCGCAGCCGCGCCGACUGACAGCAGCGAGAGGCAGCCUGCAGCUGACUACAGCCAGGACAGGAGCCUCAGGAUGCUGUUGGAUCAGUCCAUCCAAGCCAUGAUGCCCGCAGCCAACAGCAGUUGCCAGCCCGUGCAGAGCAGUGCCAGCAGGCAGCCAGGAAAGUUUGUUGCAGAGCAGCAGACCCUGCCUCCCCCAGCCCAGGGGCAGCCGGCCACCUGCAGCAGCGCCCGGGCUCCGGCCCCGCCGCCCAUCUUCUCCCCGCCCCUGGUGAUCCCGCACGGCAGCUUCACCUCCCAGCAGGCCAGCACACCCGUUCAUCUGCACCAGUGGCCACAGCAGCAGGUUCAGCAGCACCGCCUCUACCUUCAGAUGCAAGGUCCUGAGCUGGUGCCGGGGGCUCCGACGCCGCGCAUUUUCCAGCCGCCCCACACCCCGCAGCAGAACCCCCUGAGCUACUUCCUCCACCCGCAGCAGCAGAGCCACCACACGCAGGGCCAGCCCUGCAACCUGCCUGACCUGCCCGAGAUGCAGCUGCCCUGAAAGUGGCUUCUGGGAGACGAGGAGCACACGGCUGCGGCCGCUGCGCGUGGCGCGCGGGAGAGCACGGCGCCGGCAGAGCACGGCACGGGAGAGGUCGGGCUCCGUGGGGACGUGGUGCCUGGAGGGAUUGGUGGUCCGACAGGGCUGCAUGGCUGCAGGGGCCUCGUUUGUUGGCAUUCCGUGCAGCCAGCCCCUGAUGCUGUUCUGGCAGCAGGGUGUGCCCUGGCCCAGCGCCGUGGUGCCACUGGAAGCGGUGGCUGUCUUGCUGCAGGGAGGGGAGUAUCAGGCCGUCACGAAGCUCGGUUUGCAAUGGAAAAAAUCCUUUUUCCAUUCAGGACUUCAAUGCUGAAAGUCACUGUGAAUUUAAGCCCAGCAUUUGGAGCACAUAGACUGUACCAGUCCACAGGACACCAUUGGAUUACCAUGUACAUAACUCGUUUUGCUGUAGUAGGUCCAUUGUGAAUUCUUUUUCCUUUUUCUAUACCUCAGUCCCGCAGGUUUUUUUUCCAGGAGUUUGGAUAAUGCUGCUAAUUUACAUAACACCACUUUUGCCUGAAUUUCUUACUGUUGUUAUACCAGCUCACAUCGCAGCUAGUUCAAUAUUUGUCAUGUUUUAUUUUUGGUUAACAGUGAAGAUAAAUUUGUAUGGUUUUUACUCCCUGUAGCCAAAUAUUUUUCAGGUUACAGACAAAGAAUCUUUACUCCUUUUUUUUUUUUGUUUCAAGUGAUGUAGUUGUAAAUGUUUCUAUUCAUAAAAACAAACAAACAUGCAUAGAACAGCAUAUGACAGCAAACUUUGUGGUUUUGCUAGGUCAUGUUUCAAUUUGGCAAACCCAAAAUGUAUAAUCACAACACACACGAUGUUACAAGCCCAUAGGGUCAGCAAUAAAUUGUAUUUUUGUAAAUUGUCACUUUUUAACUGUAAGUUUAUAUUUAUGAAUUGAAAAGCCAGUUUAUUCCUCAGUGGGUGUAUAGUUAAGUGUCCCUACUGUUUGUGUCUUUCCAAAGGAAAAAUUUAAAAGUACAUUUUUGGAGUGUUAGUAGCUGAGUACUAACUUUGGGCAUUGUUAGAGCCCAAAUGUAGAUGGGUUUGGCCAUUACUAUAAACUUUGCAAGGCAGUGAAGGCAGUGGGUAGUUAGGACCAGGUCCAUCUAGCAGUAAAGAUCUAGCUGGCAGAUAGAGCAAGGUUUAGAGAGGAGUUAGUUCCUAAUGUUUAGUUCCUAAUGUCUGUUGAAACCUAGUAAAGAAUGCUUGGUUUUGCCUUUUUUUUUUUUUUUUUUUUUCCAAUAUGAUGAUUUGGGGGUUUUUUUGUUUCCUUCUUUUCCUUCUGCAAGCCCCGUCCUGGGCGCCUUGCAGCGCUGCAGCAGCUGGUGUUCCUGGUGUUGCUGGUGGAGCAGCUUGUGGCACAAGCAGCUGCCAGCAGCCCUGUGUUUCAAGAAAAGGGCACAGCACCAGGGGCUGUUCCCAGCAGCUUGUCCUGGGCAAGGGGAUGGGGUUUUGCUGUGCCACAUUGCCUGGGGAGUGGCAGUGGGAGGAAAGGCUGCUGGAGCUGGGGCCAGCCAGGAGCUUUCAGAGACUGGUGCAAUGCCCUAGGGUGCUUUGAUGUUUUGGCCAGCGCAGAGGUGGAUUUGUGAACAAAAGCUGUGCCAACCCCUGGCUGUUCAUGGGUCGCCUCCCUUGGGCAGAAGCAGGUGCAGGGGUUGGCUUUGAAUGCACAGCUCCCAGGGCUACCAGACACAAUGGAUCCUGGGCUGCAGCGCUGCUCACAUGCAGCGUUCUGGGGCAUGCAGCUGGCCACAUGCAGUGUUCUGGGGCAUGCAGCUGGCCACAGAAUGGAGGCAAUGAGAUGCCCAAGAGCUUGGGGUUCAUUGUUGGGGCUCAUGCCUUGUCAGCACAGUCCCUGGCUGGGCCCCUGCCCACCCAGCACAUGCAGCCCCUGGGUGCUGGGCAGCCACGCAGCUGCUCUUGGACACAGUCUGAGCCAGCCCCUCCAUUUCAAACCAGGAUGAGAACUGGUGGCUACAGCAGAGCCAUGGGCCAGGGCCACCUCACUGCUGGUAGUGGCAUUUGGAACACCUGCCUCUGUGGGGCAAUCUGGGGCUGAAAUAUUAACACCUGGGGCUUUGCUGCUCUGCAGGUUUGUUCUGCAGGAAGGGCCAGCACAGAGCCUUCAGGACAGGAACACUUGUUUUUAAAGCACUAUUAGUUUCAGGGUCUCCUUUUCCCCAUUCUAAGGCAGCCGGGUUGCUCAUGAGGAUGUGGUAGGAGGGGGUUGUAUUUUUGGGAGUUGUUUGUGGGAUUUUUUCCCACCAUAGCCUUGGCACAUACCAUUAGAGGGGAGGCAAACAUAUAUCUGUGUUAGGGCUCCAGCAUUGCACAGUUUGUGGCUCAGGGUGGCUGGCUGGAGGGAAAGGCUGUGAUUUCCCUGGCUUCCCCAUUAAACCGGCAUCACCCCAACACAUCCCCAAGGCUGGUCUGCAGUGCCCCACCACCACACCCAGCCAUGGCAGGUGGCAAUCAAAUGGCUGGGGUCAGGGCCUUGAGGGGUGUAUUUUUUAACAGGGCUUGGUAGAGACAGAGCUGAGGCAGAGCAGUUUUCUGGCAUUGCUGUGGCUUUGACAGUGAGUCCAAAAAAACAAAAUAGAGUUGGGAAGGGGUUCUGGGGGAGGUGGGGGGCAGUGGGUGCACCAGACAGGGCCCAGCCCUGGGCACAGCCCUGCUGAUGGCAGCUGGGCUGCAGGGACGGAGGGCUGGGGGCACAGCCCCUGCUCACAGCUCCCAGUGAGGAGCACAGGAGCUUGGUGAGGAUGUUUACAUGUUAGACCAGCCUUGCUAAAACCAGACCUAAAAACGCACUUUAUCAUGCGCCCCCUUAUUCCCAGAGCCCCCCCAGCCGCUGGCCUCGCUGCUGGUGGGUGGGGGCUGCACGUCCCAGGCACUGCCUCACGGGCAGGGCCUUGUUUUCUCAACAUGUUCCAAAGGACAAAAUCCCACCGACCCUUUCGGGGCUUGCUGGGUCUUUGCUCAGUCUGCCUGCAGCCAAGGGCAAGGCUGAGUCAGGGCCGGGGGGUUUUGCCUUAUAUUGUCAAUCUCAAAAAAACAGAUGGAUAAAAAAUCUCUUUAUUCAGGUUGAUUUGUAUUUGUUUACCUCGGUGUUAGCUAUGACCUGUGCUUUUAUGACUCAUUUGGAAUUGAGGGUUGCUGGUGGGUUUGGUUCACUCCCCCAGCCUUUUACAAGAAAACGUAAGUGUGACUUGUUGGUGACGAGCAGAGGGCAGGGAUGUGACUGAUGGCAGCAGGGUUGGCCUCCAGUGUCGGUGUUGACCUAUCAGUCAUAAAUGUUCUGAGGUUUUCUAGUACACAAGUACCUAUAUACCAUAACUAUCUAUAGAUAUACAUAUUUUUAAUAUACAUUUAUAUGUAUGCAGAUGUAUAUCUCUAUAUAAAUAUAUAUAGGCCACACAAUUCCAGACCUCUGAAAACACAGGCAGCUUUAAAUAAUAAAGUCUUGCACUU